UCCCUUUCUGUAGGAAAUGGGGCCCGCCCUUUUUCCUCUUUGGUAGUUAAGUUCUGAAUGUGACGGAUGGACGCAACGCGCACCACUCUUCUCUCACUCCCACCAAAAAUUCACACCUCCGCUUCCACUGCCUCACUCUCUCUCUCUCUCUUUCUCUCUGGUGUUGGAAGUUAUAACCUCAAUUUGGAUUUUACACCAAGUCCUGAAUCUUCGUACGGGUCGUGGAUGAGUUCGGGUCUGUGGAAAUGGAUCCUCCACUGAUAAACGAAUCUUCGUUCUCGGCGGUCAACCCGUCCGCCUACAGCUUGGCGGAGAUUAGGCCACUAGGUACGGAUCCCGGCGGUGGGGGACUGGGGCUCCGGAUUGGAAAUAUGGGUCAGACCCCUCUAGCGUUCCGCGAGAGCUCCGCGAAUCGCGACAGUUCGGCCGAGGAAUCUACAGUGACUGAGCAGAGUGGCGGUGGUUGUGGUAAUAGGAAGAAGAGGAAAGAAGUGAGCUCGGAGGGCGAGUCGUCGAAGACGGUUUCUUGUGGUAGUGCCAACAACUUGAAAGAAUCAAAUGGUAAACGGAUGAAACUAGCUGGAUCCCGAGAUGCGAAUGCUUGUUCAAUAGCUGAAGCGCAAGCUAGUUCAGCGGCUGGAAACAUGCGAGCUGAAGAAAGUACUAAACCUUCUGAGCCACCUAAGCAAGACUAUAUUCAUGUGAGAGCGAGAAGGGGCCAAGCUACUGAUAGCCACAGUCUAGCAGAGAGGGCAAGGAGAGAGAAGAUCAGUGAGAGUAUGAAAAUUCUCCAAGAUUUGGUCCCUGGAUGUAACAAGGUUAUUGGAAAAGCACUUGUCCUCGAUGAGAUUAUUAAUUAUGUCCAGUCGCUGCAACACCAGGUUGAGUUCCUCUCAAUGAAGCUUGAAGCAGUUAAUUCAAGGUUGAAUACGAACCCCACCAUUUAGGGAUUUGCUUCGAAAGAUGGUGCGAUACAUUAGUUUGAGUUGGAUCAGGAGCAGGAUUAGUACUUCAGUUCGUAAUCCAUAAUCAAUGGCCAGCUUUGCCUAGGUUUCUCAUCAUCUGGUGUUGAAAUGAGUUUCUUGUCUGUUUGAACUAAUAUGUUGUCAUUAUGUAGAAAAUGCUUUGAUCUUCUCCUGUAUUAUUAACUGGAUAAACAUUAGACAAUUACCUUAGUUUGUAGAAAAAAUCUCCUAGGUUAACAUUAGUUGUUAAGGCAAGUAAGCAAA